CUCUCAUUCAAAAUCCAGAAUCCAACUGGUGCACGAUGAAAUUUCAUUUCGGUCUGGCUCAGGAGGGCAUGUAGUGUUUUUCUCGUUUAUUUUUUUCUAAAGUGAACUAUGACACAAUACACUCACAAGCUGGCUCGGCCUGGCAGACAACUUUUCGUCACCGGUAAACCCGAAUACCUUGGUCAAUUCCUAGCCUCCUUAGCGGUCUCAUUGGGACCCCUAGCGUCUGGACUGGGAAAAGGAUAUAGUUCUCCGGCUAUAGCCUCGCUGCAACAACGCGAUGCCAAAGCUUUCGAUGUGAACGGCCAGCAAGCUUCGUGGCUAGCCUCAUUAAGUCUUCUGGGCGCCCUUUUUGGGGCACCGCUUGGCGGUUUUGCAGUGAAAUGGGGAAGGAGGAGAACUUUACUUAUGGCUGGAAUACCAUUGUCACUAUGCUGGAUUCUGACGGUUUUUGCUGUUAGUGUAGAGAUUAUGUGCGUCGCAGCUUUCACCAGCGGCUUCCUAGUAGCUAUCGUCCAACUAGCAGCCCAAGUGUAUGUAAGUGAAAUUGCAGCCCCUUCAAUCAGAGGUGGGUUGAGCGCCCUUUUGAAGAUCUCGGGCCACGCUGGAGUCCUCGUGGCAUUCGCUGCUGGAGCUUUUCUAGACUGGCGUCAAUUGGCUGGACUAAUAUCGUUUGCUCCUGCCGCCAUGUGUUUGGCAAUGCUUAGAAUACCUGAAAGUCCCGGCUGGUUGGUAUUAAAAGGUUAUGACAGCGAAGCUGAAAAAGCACUGCGAUGGCUCCGAGGUGAGAACGCUGAUUUACAAUUGGAGUUAUCCAUACUUCAAGCUCAUAUUAUGUCCAAAAGGAUUCCUAGUAAUCCUAAAUUAUUGUUGCAAACUCUUAGAACUCCAGCUUUGAUAGCUUGCGGCCUUAUGUUUUUUCAACGCUUCUCUGGAGCUCAUGCCUUCAAUUUUUACGUAGUAAGCGUUUUUAAAGAAACUUUCGGUGGUACUAACCCCCACGGUGCUGCUGUGGCUGUGGCUGUUGUCCAACUAUUGUCCUCGCUUCUUUCUGGUUUGCUUGUGGAUAGCGCUGGAAGGUUGCCCUUAUUGGUAGCUUCUAGUGUUCUAAUGUCUUUAGCAUUAGCCUCCUUUGGCUCCUUUGCAUAUUACGAAGAAGCUAAUCCGAAAUCUGUACCCAAUUUAGAUUGGAUUCCAUUACUAUGCGUUUUAGUUUUUACAGUGGCCUUUUCUUUGGGUAUAAGUCCGAUAUCGUGGUUGUUAGUAAGUGAACUUUUUUCCCUAGAACAUCGUGGUCUAGGUACAGCCCUGGCCACAUGUUUCAGCUACUUGUGCGCAUUUGUAGGGGUCAAAACUUUUAUAGAUUUUCAAGAAUGGUUAGGAUUGUACGGGGCGUUUUGGUUGUACGCUUUUGUAGCAGUAUGCGGCCUAUGUUUCGUCGUUUGUUGCGUACCGGAGACAAAAGGUAGAGAUUUGACAGAAAUCGAUACUGAAAGCUGACCAAAUCCUACGAAACAGUUACGGAAAGUAUCUGUCAAUGUUGUUGAAAGAUACUGCUAGUGUAACUGUUUCCUGUAACAUUUGACAAUAAUAAUAAUUUUGUAAUUUUGGAUCAAAAUCAAAGUAGGACAUACACCAUAUACAAUAAACUCUAUGCCAAGUAAUUGGCAACGUAAUGCUAGAAAAAUGGGGUCUUUUGUAUCGUAUUCCUUAGAUUUCUUUUUGUAUGUUAUCCUAUUAGAUGGCUUAGAUGAGAAACAUCGUGUAUUAAUAUAGGUUUUUUAUGUUACAUUUAAGAUGACGUCAUCGAACAAGGACUGACAAUGUUGUCAAUGCCUAUUUUCUUUCUUAUAAUUUACCAGAAUGUUAUGUGUCAAUAAUUCUGACGACAGCUGAAAAUAACGAAAUGAAAAUGUUUAUGCAAGUCAUGCAACGUUGCGCGCCUUUGCCAACCAAAAACAUCUGAAAUUCCCCUACUUCAAAUGCGUGAAAAAGUACUUUUAGUUUUGUUAGGUUGGCAGCAGAAAUUUACUAAAUGUGUCGUCAUCCUAAAUAUAACGUAAAAAUCCUAUAGUCCGAGAUUCCUGCUAAGAUUACCACUUUUCAAUAACUUUCCAUCCAUCCCAUUUUUGCGGCAAAUUCUGCAUUACACAUUGUACAUAGAGUUUAUUUUUCAUUUUAAAAAAGAUAAAAUUCAUGCCGGAGAGUUAAACGAUAAUUGGAAUAAUUUAAUUUGUGGCUCAAGUCCCGUGCCACACAAGUUGUCAAACUAAUUAGUUGUCCUGUCGACUUUUCAGAUUGUUCUAAAUUGAAUUUGACGCUUGGCAGACUCUAUUGUGACAAGAAAUAAUAGAGAUGAAUUAUUGCAAAUGGCAUCUCAAGAACUUAUCUUAGGGAAACUUGUAUCCCAAUGUUCAUUUAUUUGAUCCAAAAUUACAAAAUAAUAAAUAAUUACAAUUCUGAUCCCAAAAUUGACAAUAAUAAACAAACUCUUUCACGUGAAUGUUAUUUAAAAACGAUUCCCUUCGUUGAUAGUCUCUGGGAAAAAAAGUAACUUAUUUCACGCCGAUACUUUUUCAACGAAAUUUUCUAGUGGAUUAUCUUCUUUAAAGACUUGAUAUAUACCUCGAAAAAGCUUCGAUGUUGUUACGUGUUUCUCUUUUCCGCGUUUAGACUGGUAAUUGGAGGAAGGCUUAUGAAUAGUUUUUUUUUGGUUUAGUUCACUGACAACAAGACAAUAAUUUUUACAAAAAGUAUCUUAGUGUGCCAGCAAUUUUUUGAGAAAAGAGAAAUAAAAUUAUCUGGAUGGUUUCUUUCAAGUUUUCAGUUUACAGUUUUUGUAUAGGUCAGAUGACACACAUAUAGAUUCAGUUUUAUGUACCUUCUAAAUAAAAAAAUAUUUGGUUAAUAUUAUGCCCUGGAUACUUCUGCGUAAGUCGAAGAUAUAAUGGCCGCGCUGUUUGUAGGGCUGUCUUAUGAGAAUGCUUCCUGUGAAUAAAUGAAAAAAUUAACAUUUAUCGUAUAUAAAUUGACUCACAAUUGUCCAAAACUGAACAAAAAUAGGUUUCUAGAUUCACAUUUUUUAUAAGUUGAGGAAAUUUUGCAUACUCUGGCAACUCCUGCUGGAAAAUUCAGAAUAAUUUAAAUGAUGAUCCCUCAUCCCGAAAUAUGAAGUCUCAGCAUCUUAAGACUUGAAAUAAAGGAUAUACAACCUGAUUUACGUAGCCCGUGCAUUAGAAGUUUUCCUGUUUUCAGGUGGAUAGCAGAAAUAGCAUCUUAUCCACCUGCAAGCUAAUGCACGUGCUACGUAAAUCACCCUGUAUACAAUGUGCUGCUUUCUAGUCGACACAGCAGAGAGUUCAUGACUUCUUAUUGACCAACUCACGUUUAUUUUGGUACCAGGACUUUCAAAAAUAGAGCGGAAUUCUCUAGAAUGGAACUGGUAGAAGAAUAGUUCAAGAGAUGCGACCAUUGUGUUUGAUGUAAGAUAGGCACCAUAAUUUCUGUCUACAUAUAGACAUAAUUUAGAGUAAAGAGGAAUGAGUUAGUACUUUCCUGGUUCAAUUUUAGAGAGAAUUGCAUCAGAUAUCGCUGUUCCUUCCCCCAUACUAUAACCGUCAGUAAAUAAGUGGCCAGAAGAAAUUUCAAUCCCCAAUCCAAGUACUUAGAUACGACCUGCGGAUUAACACCAGCGAUACUCGGUUAGACUCGUACCUACCUCUCUUCUUUUGGCUAAUAUUAGAAGCUCUUGGCAUAAAUCCACUGACUAUACGAACAACGCUGUUGACUGAAAGAGAAGCAAACAUUUUCGUAGAUCUGAUUCUAGAUUGACCUCACCUUGUGGCAUAGAGAACUUGAGCCGGCAAUGCCGCUCGAGAGUCAAGAUAGCACCCCUUGGCGCAGGGCCCAGCAGUAGUUGAUAUCAAGUAAGCGUACCACAGGCUGCUACAUGGUGACAGCGGUUAUUUUUUUCGUGUUUCGGGCGAAAAGUACCGGUAAAAAUGGUAAAUUUUCAUCCCACUGGGUAUAGUGCGGGUUUUUAGUGUGAAAACGGAGAAGAUUUUAGCGGCCUGCAAAACGCAGAACCUAGCCAGGUGUUUGUAUUUCGGGUGCCAGAUCCACUACAACAUCGGUAGACUGUAAAAUAUUUAUUUAUUUUUUCUUUUAAAGAAGGUAUACUACUUUUUGGACUGUUUCGUCUUCUUUUCACAUUUUUCAAUCAUGGCUAGUGAUCAGGAAAAUGCUAUUAGAUUGAGUGCGGAUUAAUUUAAUCAGCAACAAGACCUAAUAAAUCAGUUAUAAAGAUUGCAGCAGCAGCAAUUACUAAAUGCAGGAAACACUGCACUUCAGCACCGGUGAUUAUGUAUCAGGCCACAAUUCCUCCUCCAUCUCACUUUUCUUUUCAAGCUGAGGACUGGGAAGACUGGAAAAAAUCAUUUAAUAGAUACAAAUAACAGUACUUAGUAAUCAUUCAUCAGAACAGCGAGUUGACUAUCUGAUCAGUUUGUUAGGCACAAAAGCUGAGAAAAUUUUAAAAUCAUUUCAUUUAACACAACAAGCAGAUUUCAACACUGUAAAAUUUGAAAGUAAUGUUAUCCAAAAAAAAAAUCUUGUAUACGAGAGGGUGAAAUUUUUGCAAAGUUCACAGAACCCAGACGAGCCUUAUGACUCUUGUAUUGCAGAUCUCACCUCUAUGGCCCAAAAUUGUGAAUGGGGUAAUUUAGAGAAAGAAAUGGUUAAAUUAAGAAUAAUAGCAGGGUUAGCGGAUAAAUUAUCAGUACAGCUACAAGCAGGCACACAUGACACCCUAGAUUCUAGUUUUCUUUGAGAAAACUCUAUGAAUUUUUUGAUUCCACCCCAGGUUCUUGAGAUCUUGAGUUGAUGAUUUGCAAACUUCUCAAUUUUUCUGAGAAAAUUCUUUUGAUUCUUAAAAUAUUCCAGAUCCUAUCAGGUUCUUAGGACCCUUAGAUGAAGAAUAUUUCUUUUGCAAAUAUUCAGUAGACACCGGAACGAUCAAGCAUCAUUGCUGGACUUGUUUUUGGUUAGUGAUUCCAAACAGCCCCUGGGAAAAAGCGACCAUGUAAUAAUAAGCGACAACGAUAUAGGCAAGGUUAUAAGACUGAUGGGCUGCAUACAGGCUAACACUAAAUUCCUUCCAGGAUAAGCGAAAAUGUCCAACUCCAUAAGACCGAUCUAUGACUCUUCCAAGCAAUAUACUGCAUUUUCCACUCCUGAUGGUGCCCUUUAUCACUUCACAGUGAUGCCUUUUGGCUUGAAAAACGCUACUGGAACGUUUCAGCGCUUAAUGACUAAUAAAGUUCUCUGUGGGUUGCUCAAUGUAUUUUGCAAAGUUUAUCUCGAUGAUAUAAUUAUAUACUCCUCUGACAUAAAAAGUCAUCAUAAUCACCUACAAUUAGUCUUCGAAAGGCUAGUUAAACUCUUACGAAAAAACAACGAAUUUAUGUGGGCAGAGCCGCAACAAUGAGCUUUUGAAAGUAUAAAAAAAGCUCUUACGACAGCUCCAAUUUUAGCACAUUUUGCUCCAGGACGUCCAACAAGAGUCAUAGCGGACGCCAGUUCAUAUGGAUUGGGAGCAGUCCUGGAACAAAUGGAUAAAGAUGUCUGGAAACCUAUCGGCUACGCAUUCAGGACAAUGUCCGACACAGAGAAACGAUGUGCGCAGAUAAAGCGAGAAACAUUGUCUUUGACUUGGGUCUGCGAAAAAUUCGCUCAAUACCUUCUUGGUCAAACAUUAAUGCUCCUGACUAACCACAAACCCCUAGUGGAACUUCUAGGAAGCAAACAAUCAGCUGAUCUAUCAGCUAGAAUCCAAAGAUUGCGAAUGAGAUUGAUGCGAUUUUCGUAUGACGUACAGUAUAUUCCUGGCAGAAACAUGAUAAUGCCUGACGUAUUAUCCAGAGCUCCACUAAAAUCCAGUGAUCAUGAAGCAGAUAUUUUAUUCGUCAACGAACUCAUAGAAAAAGUGGAAGAUUUUGCAAAUCAUAUUCGUGAAUCAAUGCCUAUCAAGGGCAUGCGCAUAAAAAGUAUCUUGGAAUGUCAGAAGAAUGAUGUCUAAACCAAGAGAAUAAUAACUUAUAUACAAAAUGGUUGGCCACACAUUAAGGAUUUACCAACCGAAGAUAAAAUGUUCUACCAAUAUCAAGGAGAUAUGGUUAUAUUGGAUAGCUUAGUAACCACCAACAACAGGGUAUUCAUCCCGACAUUACGCAGGGAAAUUUUGGACAAAAUACACGAGGGUUAUUUGGGCAUGACGAAAUGUUUAAGCCUAGCCAAUGAAAUGGUGUGGUGGCCCAAAAUCUCAAACCAAAUAAAAGAAAUUGUAACCAAUUGCUUAACAUGCAUUCAAUAUAGGAAUACAGCAAUUGAACCAAUGAUUCCUUCCCCUAUGCCAGAUUAUCCCUGGCAGAUCGUCGGAGUUGAUGUAAAUCAGAUAAUGGGCCUCGUUUUUCUAGCCAUAUAUUCAAACAUUUUGCUCAGACAUAUGGAUUCACCCACAUCACAAGCAGUCCUAUGUAACCUCAAUCAAAUGGGCAGGCGGAAUCCGCUGUAAACAUAACCUAGAAUAUAAUUCUAAAAUGCAAAGUCCCAAACUUAGGGCUGUUAAGUUAUAGAACAGCAAAACUAGGGAGUGGAUUUUCACCAGCAGAACUGAUCAUGGGAAAGAGAACCUAGGAAUUCAAUUCCAUCUAACAGAGACAUAUUUAUCCCUAAGAGGAACUACAUAAACGACAAGGAAGUCAGAAGCAACGAAAAAGAAGUUCAAACAAACAUUGAAUUUUAAUAAGCAACAUAGAGCAGCAAGAUCAAAUUCUACCUUGAAAAAUAACGAUAGUGUUUGGAUACCCGAUACGAAAAUGUUUGGGAAAGUAAUGGAUGUUGGACCUGAAUCUAGAACAUACAUUAUCGCCGCAGAAAAUAACGUCAUCAGGCGAAACAGAAGCCAAUAAAUUAUAGAAGUAACCUCAGAAGCGAUGAUAAGACUAGAGCAAGGGACAGAUACUCGACUAGAGAUAUCCAAUUGGGUACUCCCCGAAAGUUGCAAUGUUGAGUCAAGCUCAGAAUCAUAGGGUAACGAUGGAGAGGAUGAUACAAACACAGAGUACGGUUCAACCGCAUUACAAAGCUGUGGACUAGAAUUUGAAGGCAAUAGCUCCGAAAGUGACAACGACUCCAAUCACUCCAUAAUAUCUGAGCCAGGAUCCGAGGAGAAGACCGAAGUCUAUAACUCCACUCACCAGAGAUACACCACCAGAUCAGGAAGACUAGUCAAGCCGGCACGUCGUUGCACCUGCAAUGGAAUGUGUGUUGAAGAUUAGUUAAAACAAAAGUGAGAAUGAACAUUGUACAGGGUACUGCAAUUUGGAGUGUUUCAACAGGAAAAACGUACUUCCAGACCAGAUAGAGGAAAAUUGACUUAGAUGUCAUGGGAUCGAUUUUCGAGAAACGUCGAUUGUCAAAAACCGUAUCGCGAUAUCUUCAAUGGUACCAUUAAUACUGGGCGAUUUUUGAUUUUCUCCUAUUAUGAAAAAUGGCUAUAAGUUUUUUAUUUAUCAAUUUUUUUCAUUUCUGUAAAAACAUUAUGGAGACACUUUUUUGAGCACAAUCCAGUGGCGGGCUCUAUUUUUUCCGAUAUCGCUCCGAUUCCGGAAUAUCGACCAAAUUCCGAUAUUUUCAAAUGAAACUCCCUAUAUAUCCACUCAUUGGAUAGCUCUGUUUUUGCUGAUUUUAAUGAUAUAAAGUUCGAUGGGUUUAUCUCUAAUAGUUUUCGAGAAAAAAAAUUAUAUUUGUUUUUGUCGUAAGGACCAAUGUGUUAGAAAAGGAUUUUAUAUGUGUAAGGAAAGUGAGAAAGGUCUCUUUCUAACACAUUGUUUCUUAUGACUGAAAUAGAUAUUUUUUUUUCUGGAAAACUGUUAGAGAUAAACCUAUCGAACUUUAUAUCAUUGAAAUCAGCAAAAACAGAGCUAUCCAAUGAGCUAUUAAUAUAAAGGAUGUUUCAUUUGAAAAUAUCGGAAUUUGGUCGAUAUCUCGAAAUCGGAGCGAUAUAGAAAAAAACCGAGUCCGCCACUGGAUUGUGCUCAAAAAAGUGUCUCCAUAAUGUUUUAACAGAAAUGAAAAAAAUUGAUAAAUAAAAAACUUAUAGCCAUUUUUCAUAAUAGGGGAAAAUUGAAAAUCGCCCUGUAAUAAUGGUACCAUUGAAGAUAUCGCGAUACGGUUUUUGACAAUCGACGUUUCUCGAAAAUCGAUCCCAUGACAUCUAAGUCAAUUUUCCUCUAUCUGGUCUGGAAGUGUGUUUUUCCUGUUAAAACAGUCCAAAUUGCAGCACCCUGUACAGUGUAUAUAGUGAAUUAGUGUGUAGUUUUAUCCAUAACACCCAGGGUAAAUAGGAUAAACAAUGGUUUAAGACUAGUCGCGUUGAAUUCGACUCGAGUGCUAAGUUGAAAAGACACUCACUUGGUGAAAAGGGAGGAUGUGGGAUAGGGUACUUGAGCCGACAACGCCGCUCGAGAGUCGGUAUAGCAGCCCUCGGUACAGAGCCCAGCAUUUGAUAACAGGUAAGCGUACCACAGGCUGCUACACACUUCACUAGCUAUAAGAUGAAAUAGUACUUCCAAUUUACAUCCGUCAGGAGAGACCCUGAGUAGUUAUAGUUCAGGAUUUCUUCAGGAACAGACUAGGUCAGAGCAGUGACAGGGUCAAGAUGCGGUGUGACAUUGAUAUAGUUUUGUGAACAAAUAAUCCUAGUGCUGAUGGUACCUAUGAAGUUUUGUGAUAGUGCUAUAUGAUCUGUGUUACUGUUUGGAAUAAAGUGUAUUUAAGUUCGGAAGAGUAUCCUCAUUUUUCUGCAAGCUCGCCUACGUAAUACAGUGAUAAAUAACUUUUGGCAACGUUUUACUUACCAGUAGACAUUGGACAAUAUUUAAAAAAAGUUGCUUUUAUAGGUUUUCCAACUUAUUCUCAUCUUUCCAAAAUAAAAACGCCAUUGAAUUCAACUGUGAAUUUCCAAAAGAAAAUAAUGAUUAUGAUAUGGAUAAUGUAGACGUGAGCCGUAAUUCACGAUAUUUCAGACUCUUGAAAUUAUUCAAAGUUUUCGAAAAAAGUCAACCAUGAACGCUGAAAUCUGAAAAGUUGAGCUACCAGAUUUGCAUAAAAGCUUCACUCUAGAAAAUUGGUUCUUUAUUAACCGUGCCAUGACCAAUUUAAUUGGGACAUGUUGGAAAUUUCUCAUGUAGAUCCGAAUACUAAAGAAACAGCGUGAGCAUGUUAUCUUGGACUUUUAUAAAGCUAUCCAGUUUCCAGUUCCUUUAUAGAAUGUUUGGAUUCUUUUAUGAAUGAUUUAGCUAGAAUCAGAAUUUGAAAUCCAAUCCAUUUAAAUCUCAAAAAAUCUCAAAUUUUAUUGCAUAGGUAGUCAAUAUUUAUAUUUAAUCCACAAAAAAUUAUUUCUAAGCCUCUAAAAAUUACCAAAAAUAAAGAUAUUUGAAGUAGACUGGUUUUAGAAUAGUAGAUACCUACCUUGAAAAUGCUUUAGUACCUUAUAGGCAGUAUAUUUAGUGAUAUUUUAGAUACUCAUCGCUUGCUCAACUUAGGCUAUAAAUGUACCCGGUUUCCUAAUUAUUAUUAGCUAAAAGGUAUGUCAAUUAAAAGAAAUUUUCUACAUAUUAGUCGUAACGUUUAUUAGCGUAAUUUAAAAAACUGUUUAGUGGGAAUGAGAAAUUUUAAUCUAGACUGAACAGUUUAGAAAUGCUUUCCAUUAAAAACUCCACUGAGUUGUCGAGAUUUGUUUUCUAUGAGAUAAAACUGUGAUAGACUAGCACAAUACAUAUUACGAAAUGUAAUCAUCAAAAACUUAUGAAAAAAAAAAUAAAGAAUACAUUGAUUUUAAAAAAUAUCUAGCUUUAAGGAAAAUGUAUCAAAAAAGUUUGGCUACUUUAAAAUUGAAACGAACAUAUUGAAAAAAAUAUAUCAAAAGAAUAAUUUAGACCUAAAAAAAUUAACAAUCAUCAAAAUAUUAUUAUCAAAAAUAUACGGUGUGGUCCAUUACAACACAAUCCUAUUCAUUGAGGUUUACAUCAUUUAUAAUUAUUUUAGAAAUAAAAAAUAUCGUAAUUAUUAAUUGUAGGUAUGUGAAAAUAUAUGUUAAAAAAUCAUUGUUUUUCUGACAUGUUUUUAAUUAAUCUUCUCUAUCCUAAUUAGCCAUUGCUACAAAUAGUCUAUAGAAUACCAAAAACAAGAUGUCUAUUAUAUACAAUAAUUGUUAUACACAUUUAAACUGUAUAAAUGUUUAUUAGAGCCAGAAUUUGUAUUGAGAAUAAUUUGAAGCUGUUAUGGACAGUACAGAUUUUAGUAACUAAUUCAAAUUUAAGCUCAACUUUAAGAAAAAACAAAUUAAUUAGGACAAUAAUAUAAUAGAGUGACAAUAAUUUACAAAAAAAAGGAGAACCCAUUCUCUUGAAACUAGGUCUUAUAUGUAAUUUUUGUAGAGUGAUUUCAAAGUUAUAUUGAAAAAUUUAGUUAUUAUUAUGAGAGCUUAUUUUAAGACAACAAAAUCAUGAUAAAUGGCUCUUUCUGAGGUGAAAUAAGGCAAAUUUCUCAAAAGAUCUUAUCUACACUACAAAAGAAAAGAUUGAAAAAUAAAUUCGUUUUUUAGAAAUUUAAAUGAAGAUAAUAUGUGUAAUGUACGUAUUUCUAUUUCUGAUUUGGGCAGGGCUUUGAUAGAAACCAUGUUCGCACUACAAACAUCAUUUAUAGCGGCUUGGUUGGCAAUUAAAUCCCGGGGAUUAAGAUCUCAAAUUUUUAUUGGUGGAAAGAAGUCUGGAAAAUGGCGACUUAUUUGAAUUUGUUCGUUAGUUAUCAAUGAAAAGUUAAAUCCUCUCCACAACAAGCAUACAUUUUCAAUUUCAAUUAAAUUCAAACUUAAGAAUGAAUAUCUAGAAUCGAUAAACUCCGUUUGCGUCUGAUCUCAAGAUCCUCUAUUAAAGCCCAACUCCCAACCCUGCCGCAGACAUUAACAAUAUUCUAAUCCCUUAUUUUGCUUGCUUUUAUGCCCCAAUUAAAGUUUAUGGCAAACGAUACAACAGCAAGCAAGAGAUAAUUUCAAAUUUUACGCUUUUGAAAUCCCCAUUUAGGAAGAACACUUGCUUUAUUAUUCAUAAAAUUAUUUAAUCCAGUAAAAAGUUCAAACAUUCUCUGAUUUGCCUAUAUAAAGACUACUUAUAAUAAGCCCUUAUCAAGAUUUUGAUUUGUUUCAAGCUCGUCUUAAAAUUGUAAAUCACGCCAUCAAACAUGUAGGUAUCUUGAAUUUUUAAGUCGAAGAUUAGACAUAGUAUCUAUUGAAGGUCAGCUUGUCCUAGCAAGAGUACCAGGGAAGGUGUAGAUAUUUGCAAAUUUCUGCUAUAUCUGGAACAAAAAUUUCCAAACUUCUUUAGCAACUUCUAUUCCCGGUACAUCGGGAAGGAAUGGACAAUUUAGAUCAGUCAUUCUCUCUAACCUCUCCCCUAAAACUUUUUGCAUGAUAAACCGACUUUUGUGUAUUUUAGCUGCAAAUUUGAUGGAUUGGUUUGACUAAUUGGCCUACGAAGUUAGCAACGCAUAACUAUGUGUAUUAUCCGUUCACAAUCCGAUGUCCACAGGUAGGUACAGGUAAAAUCACCUUUCAAUGCUAUUUGAUAGGGAAAGGUGAUAAAUUUACCUGCACCUGUGGACAUCGGAUUGGGAACAGGAUAUAAAUAAACAAAUUAUUACCUAUACUAAUACAAAUUAUUAAAUUUCAUUGCUCAAAUGAUUCAAAAACUUAAGUUAUUUAAUUUAGUACUUAGUUUUUAAAAGGAAACUACCUCCAUUACUGUUUAAAAAACCGUUAAUUUAUUCAUAAUUAUCUAAUCUAUAGAUUUGCAUUUGGAGUAAAAAAACCUUUUAGGCUGGUGUUUUAAAAUCAAAAAAACGACAAUAAAAUAAUAACGACAAUAAAAUACCUAGAAAAACCCUUAUCGAAUAAUCCAAUCCAUUUAUGUUAGGUAGUUUUUCGCCUCAUGUCUCAAUUUUGAAACCAGUAUAAUAUUUGUGAUGUUCUUUGUAAACUUUUUUAAUGAUAAAAGUGUACCUAACAAUAAUAUUCAAACUUUUACAGAGUGUAUUAAGCUUUACACUUACAAAAAAUUUACUGUUAGAGUCGCUUUGACAAUAAUUUUUACGCUCUCUUUUUAUAUAGUUUAUAUUAGAGGAUUUAUGGAAAGACAAUAAAAUUAUUCAAAA